AUGGCGAGCCCGGUGCCCGCCGUGCCCGCCGCGCCCGACGCGCCUGGAUGCCCCGAGCCGCCGCCCCGGGCGCCCCCCGAGGAGCCGCCGCAGCCCCCGGGGCGGCAGGUGGAGACGUUUGCGCGCGCGGUGGCCGCCGCGGCGACCUGGCUGCUGGCGGAGCCGCUGCAGUGCCUGGGCGGCCGCGCCGAUGAGCUGCUGAGCUGGGAAAGGCCGUGGCGCAGCCUGCUCGGCUUCCUGGGGGCCAACCUGCUGUUCUGGUUCCUGGCCCUGACCCCGUGGAGAGUGUACCACCUGCUCUCCAUGCUCAUCCUGGGUCGUGUCAUCAUGCAGAUCAUAAAGGACAUGGUCCUGUCCAGAGCAAGAGGUGCUCAGCUGUGGAGAAGCCUCAGUGAAAGCUGGGAAGUUGUCAACACCAAACCAGAAGAAAGACCCAGGUUCAGUCAAUGUAUUACAGAAUCAUGGAUGAAUUUCAGCGUAUUUCUUCAAGAAAUGUCUCUUUUUAAACAGCAGAGUCCUGGCAAGUUUUGUCUCGUGGUCUGCAGCAUGUGCACAUUUUUUACAGUCUUGGGAAGUUACGUCCCGGGGGUUAUACUCAGCUACUUACUACUGCUGCUCGCAUUUCUGUGCCCAUUGUUGAAGUGUAAUGACAUUGGGCAAAAAGUGUACAGCAAAAUCAAGUCCAUUCUGCUGAAGCUAGAUUUUGGAAUUGGAGACUAUAUUAAUCAGAAAAAACGUGAGCGCUCUGAAGCAGCUAAAGAAAAAAGUCACAAAGACGACAGCGAAUUAGACUUUUCAGCUCUUUGUCCUAAGAUUAGCCUCACAGCAGAUGCCAAAUUGUUGUCUGUAUCGGACACGGAUGUAUCUGAGGUUUCCUGGACCGACAAUGGGACUUUCAACAUCUCGGAAGGACACACUCCUCAGACAGAUACUUCGGACGAUCUUGAACGACCUGGAGAGGAAGUUUUCUCUAGAGACUUUCCAGAUUUUCCAGCUCUGGAAAAAGGCCCAGGAACCCUGGAUGAAGAGGAAUUCAGUGUUGGUUUACCUGGGGAGCCCCAGAGCAGAAAGGCAAGGCGGGACAGAUGCCCUCCUGGUGGAGGAGAGGGGCAGGUGGGGGCUGCUGGCCCCUCACUGCCCCCUGGCAGUGACCCAAACUUUCAGCUGAUGACAAACCUGGCUGGGGAUGUCAUCACGGCCGCCGUGACAGCUGCUAUCAAAAACAAGGUCGAGGGUGUGCAGCAGGUGCUGACCCAGGCACUACCCGUCCUUGCAGAGGACACAGACUCUGAAGAGGCCGAUGACUUCGAACUCCUGGACCAGUCAGAGCUAGAUCAGAUCGACAGUGAGUUGGGACUCUCAGCUGAGCCAGAGGCAGAAGCUGCACCCACCAACAAGUCUUCCAGCUUCUUCUCGAACCUGCUUGGAGGAGGUCAUUAGACUGAACUCCAAAACAGAUAA